CCAUGUAAAUGAAGAAGCGAUAAAGUUACAAGUUCCUUUCGUUCCUGUGCUUUGAAAUAAUCACGCCCGCGCUUUGUCUUGUUUUUCUCACCGGAUGAGCCUGCUCCUUCGUUAUCUCAUAGAAAAGCACUUUGGUUGGUUGGUUUUCCCCGCUAACUCUGUCUGCUUUGAGUCUGUACUACGUUAUUUAUUUCCACCAUUCUUGCCCCACAUAGAGAUGAGUUUGCCAAGAACAAUGAGGAACCGGAAGGCUUAUUUGAGAACCACUGACCUUCGCUACUCGACUACCUUCUAAGAAUUGGUGGUGACUGCUAUCUCUCUAUAGCCUAUGGCAGCGGAACGCUGUACUGUAUCUCCGCCCCGUUCAUUGAUUGGUCAGUUUUGGACAACAAUCGGUUCCUGGCACGCCCCGCUCAGCUCCCGGCUGCUGAGACUUCUGCCCUUUGCGAACUCAAAAAACAAGGAGGCGGUAGACCAGCCGUGGCUGUUUCAGGAUUUCUCCAUCAUGAUAAUGUUUGAAAGUGUUGACUCCAUAGUCACUAUUUCCAGCCAGGACCUCUGGGCUGAAAUCUGUUCAUCUCUGCCAUAUCCAGACCAGAAUGAAGAGUCAAGCAAUGCAUUUGCAGAUUCUUUCACCGAUUCUUAUAUUCAUGUAGAAAGUCAGAAUGAAGUCAUUAACUCCUCUUUCCGAGCAAACAUGAAGCCCUGGGCACCACUAAAGGAUUCAGAGAUUUAUCUGGCAUCUUUAGAGAGAAGAUUGAUGCGAAUAAAGGGAUUGUCACAGGAAGUGACCUCCAAAGAUAUGCUGCAAACACUUUCUCAGGCUAAGAAAGAAUGUUGGGACAGGUUUCUGCAGGAAAAGUCUGAGUCUGACUUUUAUAUGGAGGGAACUGAAUCGGAUGAGAGCACUCUGGAACACUUGAAGCGCUGGCUACAGCCUGAGAAAGUGGCAGUCAGCACUGAGGAAGUUCAGUAUUUGAUUCCCCUUGAAGCUCGGAUAGCGAGGGAAGAGACUGAAGAAGAAUCUAUGACUGUAGAACAGUGACAUGUCGGCUUUUGCCUCCAAUCCAGGGACUGGUGGGAUUUGUGUUCAAACAGCAAGAGGAGGGAAGUGCCAAUGCUUAGCUGAGCAUAGAGCUAACUUCUUUUUUUCUCAACUGUACUUUUUAACUUUCAGUGGCUGAUCCAGUUUGAAGUUAUAUAUCGUUGCAAAUUUAGUGAUAGUCAUAUGUAGGAAUCUACUAAGAUGACUGAACAUUAAAGGCAGUGGAAUCACACUUUGGAUAGAGAGAUGGACUGGAGCCAGGCAUUCACUUGCUUUGUUUUCCUCCUUUAUCAUCUCUUUUCUUUGGGUCUACAUCAUUCCCAGAACUUUUUGCUAUAUUUUUUUUAAGGAGUUGAAUGCACACUGAUCCCUUAUACCAUAUAUUUCAUACAAUUUGUCAACUAAAUCUGCCUUGAACUAUGUAGGAGAUUGUACUCUUGAAUUUCAGUAUAUGGAAAUAUGUUUACCAUUCCUUUCCUCAUAGUGGAAUUCCUGAAUUCUAAGGCUGAAACUACAUGUGACAUGCCAUUGUGUAUGACUCUUGCCCCCAACUUUUUUUUAAAACCCCAAAGGUGCCUGGGUCUUUUAUUCUAUAAAGUCAAAAACAGCUGGGAGUGAGUUUUGACUGUCCCCAUCUCCUGACCACUGUUGCUUUGGUUUGAACCCCCCCCAAAAAAAUUGGAGAUAAGAUGUACACCACUACAUCUUACAUAUAAUUUCAGCCUUAAAUAGAUGAAGCAUCUUCUAUGCCCCAAAAAGCUCUUUCUGUUAAAAUUUCAACUUUUGUUUCCGCAAACAAAUGGGUUUUGAAUCCAAGAGUGUAGCAUUUCAGGCAGUCAUUUUCUUAUACUUUUGAAUUAAAAGCUCUUCUGGAAGGGAUUUACUUUGCUUUAUCAUUCAUGCUAUCUGCGGAUGGCGUUGUGAUCUUCCCAAGUAUAUGUUACGUUUCCAGCUGGUAAUUAUCUAUUCAUACUCAUGCUUUCUUCUCUUGCUGCAAGAAGCAAAUGAAAAUGUAUUCUGAAACAAUGUGGAACAAAAGCUGUAGCAAUUUAGUUGGCAUAAAUAAGACCAAGUAUGAAAUCAGUGCUGAGCUGAAAAAAGAAGAAUGUGUUUUAUUAACAUUUUCUCUCACUGUGAAAUAUUCUCUUUGAGGGGGGCAUGCGAAAGACGGUGGAAAUGUUUGCCCUGCAGCCACAUGCCACACCCUGACUUCAUUUUCUCUACCUCCCACACUCCAUGGCCAGGCAAAGCACUUCACUGCUCCCAUCCCUGACACCUUUCAACGUGUGUAGCAUCCCAGACCACUUGCUGCUUUGCUGCCGUUCUUUCUCCAUCGGCUUUCUACGUUUUAGAAACAAUGAAGUGGUAAUAACAUAAACAAUCAGAUCUGACUACAUGAUGAUAUCGUUUAGAGCAAACUCAAUCUGAUUAUCUUUGCUCUCAGUGAUGUUGUCAUCUGAGUGGCUACAUAAUAACUUCAUUGACCCAGAAAAUAGGAGAGUGAUUUAAAAAAAAAAAGUAACAAAGCCAUAGCUGAUUGGGGUUGUGCUUGCCAGCAAACCAAUGUGAGAAAAUAGAAAGGGGAGAACUUUGGUGAAAUACUUUAAGACUAUAUCCCUUCUCUCCCCCCAAAAUACUAAAAUUCUAACCUGGAAGAAAUUUGGCAUAGCAUUAUUUAAAGUCUGCAAGUAAAUAUGUUAUUCCAAAAUGUUUUGAAAUGGUUGCCUCCUUUCCAAAAUCACCUGAAAUAAUUAGGAAUUUUGUUAGACAAAAUGUCUCACAUUUGUUUAUACAAAACAUCUCAAAAUUUGGGAAAUUUACAUUUUAUUAUUUCACAUCAUUUCAUGUUUAGCCUCACUCUGGAUUUUUCUGCUCUGAUAAUAUAUUAUGGAUGGUGAACUGCAUAUCUUGUUGUUACACUGGUGGUGUAGUCUGUAUAUUGGCUAUUGAAUAGUUAAGAUACCUUUGAAAAA